AUGCCUGUCAGCAAAGCGAGGCGAACAAUCAUUCAAGAUUUCCUAAAAGAGAAGCAAAACUAUAGCAGUGAGUGGUGUUGUUGCAAUAUCACUUUCUCGUCCAUCACCGACAUUGGACGUCAUGUCAACCAAUGUCACCAAGCCGAGAUUGAUAUCAGAGAGACCAAGAAACAAGAGGAGAAGCAAAAAAAAGAAAACAACCUAUACUUAUUGAAACAGAGGAGAGGAAAGAAGGGCUCUUCUGAUCCCAUCGCUACAGAGUGUCAAUGUCAGCUCGAGAAUUCCAAAGUGAUAUUGUUCUACAGAUAUACUCUGGUAAAGGACCCAGUCAAGUUUGCGUUGGAUCAUCAGUCAUAUUGUGGUAGCAUGACAGGCAAAGUGCGUAUCGCUGGUGAAGGCAUCAAUGCAACAUUGGCAGGCUCCAAUGAAGAUAUAGAUGCCUAUCUGAAUUGGCUUACAACAACACAACCUUUUGAAGAUGGUGCUUUGAGCGAACUGAGGCAGCCCGUCAGCUUGAAUCUAGACGACCCCACCACUGCUCGAUAUAAGUUUUUCAAACCAUCACAAGGAUGCAGCCACGUAUUCUCAGAGCUCUCCAUCAAACUCGUAGAUGAAAUCUGUCCCUUGGGUCAAACAACCGUUGUUUUAGGCAAAUUGCAGAAACCAGAUCAUGGACACGGCAAGUUAAGUCCUAGAGACUUUCAUGCCAUGCUAUCCAAGCGACAUCAAGAUGACUUCAUAUUGCUGGACACCAGAAAUUACUAUGAAAGCAAGAUUGGACAUUUUGAGGGUGCCAUUCAGCCACCUAUCCGAAAGUUCAGCCAAUUUCCAGACUAUGUGGAGCGCAACAAAGAUGCGAUGCAAGGCAAAACCAUCUUGACGUACUGUACAGGGGGCAUUCGCUGCGAAAAAGCCACGGCAUUCAUGCGUCAAGCAUUACCGGGCGAGGAAAUUUUUAUGCUGGAUGGAGGCAUACAUAACUACAUGGAAUGGUGGAAGCAUAAAGACAUUGACAGCGAGGACCCUGUGUGGCAAGGCAAAAACUACGUUUUCGACGCAAGACAAUCCUUGGGCCUCCAAGACGAUAGCAUAGUCAGUCAGUGUCAAACGUGUCAACAACCUUGGGAUAAGUACAAGAAAUGUGGGUCUGCUGGAUGCCAUUUAUUGGUUUUGUGCUGUGAUACCUGUUGUGCACCUGAUCAACAAGUGUAUUGCUGUGAUGACUGCCAUCAUGGCCAACAAAACGGGCUCUGUGCUUGCGAGAAAGAGCGAAGACAGAGAGAAAUGCAACGACUUCAAGUGCAGUAG